AUGACCCACAUUCAUAUUGUCUCUAUUUUCUUCAGAGAAAACAUUUUAAUCAACGAAAAUGUCCUGAGCACCAGCUACAAGUUCAAUGUCAAGAAAGUGGUGUCAUGCAUGUCUACGUGCAACUUCCCUGUCAAAAUAACGUAUCCCUUCGAUGAAACUAUGCUGCAUAACGGCCCCCCUCACGACAGCAACUUUGGCUUCUCAUAUGCCAAACGGAUGAUCGAUGUGCUGAACACAGCCUACAGCUCUCAGUUCGGAUGUACCUACACUUCCGUGAUCUCUGCUAACGUGUUUGGGCCCCACGACAACUUCAAUCUGGAGGAGGGACACGUACUGCCUGGCCUCAUGAGGAGAAUACAUAGCGCAAAAGAAAACAACACGCCUCUCGUGGUCUGGGGCACAGGUUCUCCAAGACGUCAAUUCAUUUACUCUCUGGAUCUCGGACGACUUUUCUUGUGGGUGUUGAGAGAGUAUGAUGAAGUGGUGCCCAUAAUUCUUUCAGUGGGUGAAGAGGAUGAGGUCUCCAUCAAAGAGGCCGCUGACAUGGUGGUGGAGGCCAUGGACUUCAAGGGAGAAGUUGUUUACGACACAAGCAAGUCUGAUGGGUUGUUCAAGAAGACAGCCAGCAAUGCCAAGUUGAGGAAAUACCUUCCCGAUUUUGAAUUCACCCCGAUCAAGCAAGCCAUCAAAGAGACUUGCGACUGGUAUGUAGCGAAUGUGGAGACUGCCCGCAAGUGAAACCACCAGCACCCCUUUCCCAUCACCACACGAGUGUUGACUAUGACGUCAUCUUUUCUGUCGGUUGUUACAAUGAUGUGGCCGACUGCUGGUGGUGGACCAACUCCAAGGCUGUUUGCCAUUUUAAUCGUUUGGCUGAAAACCUUCUGUGUUCCCUCAUCAGAAUUGUUUCAAUAGCUUUCAUGAUUUGUUGAUUGACUUUGCGUUAAUGAACUUCGCUCGUACUUGAGAA